AGAACUACCGAUAUCCAUAUUGCACACUCAUCUUUUUUGGCUCGGUAGUGUCAGUCCAUAUUUGGGCGGAAACUCGUGAAAAAUAAAAUCUUCUGUGUGAAAAAGGUAGUGCAUGACAGUUUCGCGAACUUAAUAAGCAAAGACAAACAAAGUGCAAGCAGCCAGGUGCAGCUUAAAUAAUGAUUUGCCAAAAAGACUCGCACAAUUGGUGAGGGGACUACGGCGUGUUGAGUUUCCCAUUUGCGUUCGCCGUUUUCGCGCAUUCCGCCUGUGGUCUUACUAAAAAAGAGACAACCAAAUUGUAAUUUUCUUUCGAGUAAAAAUUAUAUGAAAUUGCUAGCGUAAAGCGAUUUGCUAACCGUUUUAACGAAAAGUCAGCUAGACGACGUGCGUGAGUGUGUGUGCGACGAAAAACAGAAGUAAAAGCAAGAGAGAGAGAGAAAAGACGACCCAGCAAACUCUACAAACACACAAACAACACAAUGAUGAAAAUGGAGACUGACAAAAUAAUGGACGAAACCAACUCCAAUGCACAGGCCUUCACAACCACUAUGCUGUACGACCCGGUCCGAAAGAAAGACUCAUCGCCCACCUACCAAACGGAGCGGGAACUCUGUUUUCAGUACUUCACCCAGUGGAGCGAGUCGGGACAGGUGGACUUCGUGGAGCACCUGUUGUCGCGCAUGUGCCACUAUCAGCACGGACAGAUCAAUGCCUAUCUCAAGCCGAUGCUCCAGCGGGACUUCAUCACAUUGCUGCCAAUCAAGGGUCUGGAUCACAUCGCAGAGAACAUUUUGUCAUAUUUGGAUGCUGAAUCGCUCAAAUCGGCUGAGCUGGUCUGCAAGGAAUGGCUGCGUGUCAUCUCCGAGGGCAUGCUCUGGAAGAAACUCAUCGAACGUAAGGUGCGCACAGAUUCUUUGUGGCGCGGAUUGGCCGAGCGGCGUAAUUGGAUGCAGUACCUCUUUAAGCCAAGGCCGGGUCAAACACAACGGCCACACUCAUUCCAUCGCGAGUUGUUCCCCAAGAUAAUGAAUGACAUUGACAGUAUAGAGAAUAACUGGCGGACUGGACGCCACAUGCUGCGCCGCAUUAAUUGCCGGUCGGAGAAUUCUAAGGGUGUCUAUUGUCUGCAGUACGAUGAUGGCAAGAUUGUUUCUGGGCUUAGGGACAACACCAUUAAGAUCUGGGAUCGCACGGAUCUGCAAUGCGUUAAGACUCUGAUUGGCCACACUGGAUCGGUGCUGUGCCUGCAAUACGAUGACAAGGUGAUCAUCAGUGGCUCCAGCGACUCUACUGUUCGCGUGUGGGACGUGAAUACCGGCGAGAUGGUCAAUACCCUCAUUCACCACUGCGAAGCGGUGCUGCACUUGCGCUUUAACAACGGCAUGAUGGUGACCUGCUCCAAGGAUCGGUCUAUUGCCGUCUGGGACAUGACCUCACCUAGCGAGAUCACGCUGCGACGCGUUCUCGUCGGCCACCGGGCUGCCGUCAAUGUUGUAGACUUUGACGAGAAGUACAUCGUAUCUGCCAGCGGAGAUCGCACCAUUAAGGUCUGGUCCACCUCGAGCUGUGAAUUCGUGCGCACCUUGAAUGGUCACAAACGUGGCAUUGCCUGCCUGCAGUAUAGAGAUCGCCUGGUGGUCAGCGGCAGCUCAGACAAUUCCAUAAGACUUUGGGACAUAGAGUGCGGUGCCUGUUUACGGGUCCUGGAAGGGCAUGAGGAAUUGGUUCGCUGCAUCCGUUUCGACACGAAACGAAUCGUCAGUGGGGCAUACGAUGGCAAGAUCAAGGUUUGGGAUUUGGUCGCCGCCCUGGAUCCGAGGGCUGCCUCCAAUACUCUUUGUCUGAAUACACUUGUGGAACAUACUGGUCGCGUCUUUCGUUUGCAAUUCGAUGAGUUCCAGAUUGUGAGCAGCUCGCACGAUGAUACAAUUUUGAUUUGGGACUUUCUAAAUUUCACACCCAAUGAGAACAAGUCCGGACGCACACCGUCACCGGCCCUUAUGGAACAUUAACAUUUUAUGCAACGGCAGCUGCGCGAGUUACAUCUACUGUCCUCGAGCGAAGGAGAUGAUGAUGAUGAGGACGAAGAUGAUGGCGAGGAUUUCGAGGAGGAUUCUAGAGAUGAUGCUGGGGCGUUUAUGGGGGGAUAUGUUAGGCAUCGGAAUGUUGGUGGUUCGGAAUCCGUCACCGGUUCAGGCUCGGAUCCAGAAUCGGAUGACCUGGAUUUUGAUGUAGAUGUAGAGAAUAUUAAUGAUUAUGAUGAAUGAAAAGAGAAUGGUUUUUAGCCAGCAUAAACACACACAGCAUUGCGACUCGUCUAUUUGAAAACUAUGUUGAACCCAAGAUACAGCGAUCUCUAAACUUCUAUUUUACAAUCGCACACAACACUAUACACACACACACACACACUAUACUACAUCCACACAUUCAAACGGAUCAAACACAUAAUAUGAAUUAAAUGAAGUUAUAAAACAAACAAACAAUAAAUGCAAAAGGAGUAUACAAAAUAUAAAUAAAUAUUUUCGCAAAACUGGCUGUUAGGUUUGUCAAGAACGAAUGAAAAUGAAACAAAUGCAGAUGAAAAGAAAAACUAUGUAUUAGUUAUUUAGGCGCUGUAAUACUAAUCGAGGGUCAGUCUUUGAACCGCACUUUGGAUCUGUUGAUCGAUCGGGCAUUACUUUAAGUGUUUCUUUAGCUCAAAUACACAAGCAUCGCGUUUAGGCAGCUGCCGCCUUAAGAAAAGUAAAGGGAAAACUGUGAAAUGACUUGGAACAUUUACGCAGGAGGAAUCUGCAAAGCGGCCAGAGGAAUCAGUCUAUUAGCAUAAAUGUUAGUUAGAGUCGCUUCAUUAAAAUUGGCAAAGCAUAUUUCGGUUCGCCGCAUUGCACAUUUGUAACCUAAUUUACAUGCCUAUUGCCUAAUGUUUGUGUUAAUUGUAAAGUUAAAUUUAAGCCUAGUAUUUUAUUGGCAAUUGUAAUCUAAGUUACCCAAAAUACAAAUAAUUUAAAUUAAAAGUUAUUGUGUAAAGAUCGACACAUGCUGUGUCUGCAAUUGGUAGUUAAAAAUCUUUCUAGUGAAGAUAAAACGAAAAUUAAUCCAUUGUACUGCAAUAUAUAACCGAUUCUUUGAUUGAUCUAUGAUAACUAUAGAUUUUAGAUAUACAGAUAUAUGUAGAAAAUAGCAAAUUUCCAGGCAGUUUCAUCAUUAUAUUUAAAUGUAUACAAUUCGUUGAUUGUGAUCAAUGGAUAUUUUACUAUAUGUAUUGCUAUUUGUAAGUUAAGUUCCAAUGCUAUACUUGAUCUGGAUCACGAUCGCCGCUUCCGCGUUAACUAAUGUAUGUACAUAACGUUUUACUUUAACAAAAAGUUGAUGAAAUAUGAACACAUACUCCGGAUUAUGAAAAACUGUUAGUGGAAAGAGUGCAGCUUGUUAAACAAUGGCCGAGCAACUGCUAUGCGCGAAUGGGCUUAGUAUAGGUAACAUAACUAGAAAUAAUAAUAAAUUGUGUAUAAAUGCUAAA